AUUGACAUGUUGUAUGGGGAGAGAAAACAUACUGCGAGCUCAGUCUACAGGGAAAGCUUUGAUUACAUAGCCUUUCAAGUUACUUGGCUCCCAUCAUCUCGGUGUAGUGUUGACAUUCCCAGUUUACAAGUCCAAGCUUCCUUCAUUCUCCGCGGUACAACAUCGAAUUGAAGCAACUGAAGGAUAUCUUGGGGGUUCAUUUAAUGUGGAGUCCCUGGUUGAGAACUUUCUUGGAAAACUAGCUAGGA